CUCUCCACCACCACACCAAACCCUCACCUCAUCCCAAGAGCCCCAACUACACCUAACCUCAACCCCCGAAAAAACGAGAAAAUGUCCUGGACCCAAAAACAAUUCACCCUCCCCCCGCGCUCCCGCGGUUCCUACCUCAUAACCGACCACGUCGUCUCCGAACUCCCCGAACUCCGCUCCUACAAAGUCGGCCUCCUAACCCUCUUCGUGCAGCACACGAGCUGCGCGCUCUCCCUGAACGAGAACUGGGAUGAUGACGUGCGCGCUGAUAUGAGCGAUGCGCUGGAUCGCGUUGCGCCCGAGGAUCACAAGGGGAAUCUUUAUAGGCAUGAUGCGGAGGGGCUGGAUGAUAUGCCGGCUCAUAUCAAGUCGUCGCUGGUCGGUGCUUCGGUGACGAUUCCGAUUACCAACGGACGUUUGAACACUGGUACUUGGCAGGGGAUUUAUUAUAUGGAGUUCCGGGCGAGUCGGCACUCGCGCAAGGUUGUUGCGACGAUUCAGGGUGAGAAGGCGUGACUUUCUUCAAGGAUUGAAGAACGGUUGUGAUGAGUGUACGAUGUGAUGCAGAUAUUGUAUUUAUGCUUAUUAUAAACGGACGCGGUUUCAUUGGUGGACGGUAGUGUGGGGAAGUAUAUACUUCAUGUCAUUCUGUCUCGAUAUUUGUUCAGUACUAGAUCAAUGAAC